AUGUCGCCAAGGCUUGUGCGACAUGCAAGUAUGACAGCUUGUGUGUUUAGCUUGAGGAUGUGGGCUAUCGUGGACGCUAAAGGAAUGACCGACAGAAGUGUGGACAUGAGCGAGCCAGGAGUUAAGCAUGCGACGUGGUCGAUGCAGUUGACGUGUCUUAUGCAACGCUUGAUGUAUGGGCGUCGAGGGUUCGUUGCCGGAUGUGGAGUGAUUGUAUUGUCACAAGGUAGGCAAAAGGUGAUCCAGAAAUCCAUGAUGAUGAUGCUUUCUACACACCUUUGCAAGGUGAGGAGUCUAAUAUCAGAGGUGACAUCAGUUUAA